CCUUUUCUUUGUUUUCCUGCUUAAAUGUUGGUGCUUUGAACAUUUGAUUCCGGUAGAGAAUUUUCUUCUUGUUUCUCUGAUCGUGCAUUUCCUUAAGAGUUUUUUUCCUGCCUUGUUUCCAGAAAACGGGGUCUUGUCUGCUGUUGAUUUUUCCCGUGAGAAUGCACUCGUUUUGUUGAAUGUCGGAAAUGUUAUUCAAGUCAUGGUGUUGCAAAAGAGGCUCGAUUAUGGAUUCAAUGGCUAUGAGGUGCCUCCCACACCUCGAGCUGCAAGAUCACCAAGAAAGAGUGCUUUCAAGAAGAAAAGCGAAAACAAUCAAAUAUCGUCCUUCGAUUUGUUGGCUGCAGUAGCUGGAAAACUGCUGCUUGAAGGUGGGGGGAAUUCUUCUUCCUCAAGUAACAAUGCCUCGGGCGAUAACGAAGAUCAGUGUGCAGUUAAGAAAGAACCGCUCUAUGGCGCCGAUCAAACGGUGGGAGAAGAGACUGAUUGUGAUCAUCAUGACAAUGAUCCUGAAAGGAGAUUCUUUGUCUCUGAGAUCCUUCAAAAAUCUCAUGACAUGGAAACCUUCAACAGAUCUCCAAGCCCUCCUAAAGAUUUCCAUUUUGGAUCUACUUCUGGUAUAACUUCUGAUUCUUCAGAGAAGUUUGGAACUCAAGAAUUAGAGGAAACCAAGAUCGACAUUGGUUUUAGCUAUAGGCCAGCUGAGACUAGUGGUAAGAAAUCAAUGCUUGAGGGGUUAAAUUGUGAACCAAAGUUGUCAAGGAAUGUUGUAGCCAAUGAUGAGCAUCGUAUAGGUAGUGGAUUCAGGAAGCCAAUACCCCCAAAUCCUUCGGUAUGCUCUGAUGAUGUAAAUUUACUCGGUAGGGAAAAUGAUGAUGCCGAAAACUUCUCAGACCGUUACACAACAAAGUCAUUUAGGCCAACUCUGCGUGUAGGAGAUAGAAGAAUAAGAAAAGUUUUGGCUUCAAAGUUUUGUAAAGUCUCUUCAAAGCAGAAAGAUACAACGGUAACAAAUUCAGACUUGGACUUGAAGCCUGGUUAUUAUAGCAAGAAACAUUGUCUCAAAAGCUUAAGAUCAGAGAGAAACUAUCCAAUCAAGAAAAGAAGAUACUUUGAUGGUUAUACAGCUUCACAAUCCCAAGAAACAGUAAAAAAUGAAGGCCUUUCUAGUUCACCUCCAAAAGCUUCGGCUUUUCUGUCAUCCAUAGAUCGUCAGAAGCAACCAGCAUUUCAAUCAAGAGAUUCUCACGUGAAACUUGGAAUCAAGUCAUUUAGAGUUCCUGAACUUUUCAUUGAAAUUCCAGAGACCGCUACUGUUGGUUCGCUAAAGAGGACAGUCUUGGAAGCUGUGACCACAAUCCUUGGAGGUGGAUUACGCAUAGGAGUUCUUGUUCAUGGAAAAAAGGUUAGAGACGACAACAAAAUGCUUCUUCAGACUGGAAUCUCUCUAGACAGUACUCUUUCAGAUACUUUAGGCUUUUGUCUUGAGCCCAAUCCUCCACAAAUAUCCAACAAAUCUCUUUCUCCUGAAGAUUCUAAUUUUGUGCGUCCCUGUAAUGUACCUCACACUCUAACAAGGUGUCUCCCAUCACUGGGGAAGCAUGCUAAACCGAGUAACUCUGUAGAAAGUGACCUUGAAUCCAAACCCUCUGCUCCAAAUAGGGCUAAAACCGUCUACUCCAGAGCCUUGAUUCCUGUCUCUCCUCUGCAUGUUCAGGCUUUAUCCGUAGUCCCACCUCGGAAACCCAAGCGAUGUGAGGUGGCUCAGCGUAGAAUCCGCCGGCCGUUCUCGGUUGCAGAAGUAGAGGCCCUUGUUCAAGCUGUUGAGAGACUUGGGACCGGAAGGUGGCGUGAUGUAAAGUUGCGAGCUUUUGAUAAUGCUAAACACCGGACCUACGUUGAUUUGAAGGACAAAUGGAAGACGCUGGUGCACACAGCAAGAAUAUCGCCACAACAAAGGAGAGGUGAGCCAGUUCCACAGGAGCUCUUAGACCGGGUACUAACGGCUCAUGCCUACUGGUCCCAGCAACAGGGGAAACAACAGUUGCUAGAGGGAGAGGGACCUCAGAAGCUCGAGACUAGUCUUGGUCUAUAGUCUAUAGACCUAGGGGAAAAUGUUGUCUUCGCUACGUGAAAAAUGGACGUUAGCAGGAGGAACCUGGAAUUUUUAUUCUUUCAUAUAUACUUUUUUGUUGUUUGUUUGUUUGUUUGAUUUGUCAUGUCGUGUAUUUGAGGAGAUUCGAUGUAAAAAGAAAAAAGAAAUGGAUUAUGAUGAAGAAGAUAGAGAUGAAGAUAUGUGAAGU